AAAAAAAUAUAGAAAAAUAAACAAAAGUAUAGAAAAUUUUCAGAAAGUAACAUAUUUCUGCAAUAAAAAAAUACUUUUCAGCUCCAAAAACAAGUAAUAAAAAAAGAAAAUUAUAAAAAUGACGCUGUUGGAGAACUACGAGCAGCAAUAUGCAGCAUUAAUUGCAGAAAUCACCAGUCAAAUUGGUAGAUUGACCCUAACAAAUGAACGUAGAGAAUUGUGUGCAAAAAUCGAUGCCAGCUUAACAGAAGCCCAAGAACUGUUGGAGCAAAUGGGUCUAGAGAUCAGAGACCUUAAUCCAGCACAAAGAACAACAGCAACUAAUAAAUUAAAUUGUGCCCAAGUAGAAUUGAAGCGUUUGCAAACGGAAUACUCAAAAGCAAAAGAUGCGGGUAAGAAGAAACACACAACCUUAGACCUGCAAGCAGCUGGAGACUAUGAUGACUAUGAGGAUGUGGCCAUAAGUAAUGAUCAGAGACAAAGACUGUUGGAAAAUUCCGAAACUAUAGAAAGAACUGGUAAUCGCCUGCAGGAAGGAUAUCGUGUGAUCGUCGAAACCGAAACAUUGGGCGCACAGGUUUUAAGUGAUUUGCAUCAUCAACGUGAGACUAUACAGAAUGCACGAGGACGUUUAAGAGAAACUAAUGCUGAGUUGGGACGUGCAUCAAGAACUUUAAAUACUAUGUUAUUAAGGGCUUUAAGAGAAAAGGCCGUCUUGUAUGUGGUGGGUGGAUUUUUUGUUAUUGGUGUAGUUAUAAGUUUAUAUUUUACAUUUACUUCGUCUUCGGCUACGUCUUAAAGCAUACUGGACAAUGGAAGUAUCAUGUACAUUAAUUGUAUUGUUGAAAUUAUACAUUUUAUAUUAUUUUGUUAGAAAUUAGUAAAAAAAAAUAUUCAUUCCACGUAAAUUAAUUUUAAAAUAUAUAACUAUAAAUAUUUAAAUAUACCUACUAAUGUUAUUCAUUGAUACUAACCGUAUAUAGGUACAUAUAGUGUGAAGAGAAAAGUAUGUGUUAAAUUAAAUUGCUUUAUAAACUAAUAUAUUAAUUAAAAUUUUCAUUUA